AUGAGUUUCCAACAAGAACCUUUACAGUUGGAAACAAUCCGAACUCGUCAAACAGUUGCUCUCAGAAAUGUGAUCAAUCUUAAUACCCCUGUGGGGAAUACAAUGAUUAGUGAGCCAGUUUGGAAGAUAUUGGUCAUAGACAAGUUCGGACAAGAUAUUAUUUCUCCUUUAAUUUCUGUUCAACAACUUCGUGAGCUCGGAGUUACAUUGCAUUUGCUCAUCAACACUAAAAGAGAUCAGCUAACUGAUGUUCCUGCGGUCUAUCUUGUUGCACCUAACGAGGAAAAUAUUGGGCUCAUUUCUGAAGAUUUGAAGAAAUGCAUGUACGAUAGCUUUUACCUAAAUUUCAUUUCACCACUGCCUCGUACGAAAUUGGAAGUUUUGGCCGAAGCUGCAGUUCAUGGUGGGGCAAUCCAACAAGUUCAAAAAGUUGUUGAUCAGUACUUGAGCUUUAUAUCAUUGGAAGAUGAUUUGUUUGUUCUCCGAAGGUACAAUGAGAACAGUGGAUUAUCCUACUACACUUUGAAUGAUCCUUCUACUUCUGAUAAUCAAAUGGCUGCUUUAAUUGAAACUGUUGCCGAUAGUUUGUUCGCUGUGUGCGCUACUAUGGGUGUCGUUCCAAUCAUUCGUUGUCCUAAAGCUAAUGCUGCGGAACAAGUUGCCAAGAGGUUAGAACAGAAAUUACGAGACAAUCUCCGAGAUGCCAGAAAUAAUUUGUUCGCAGUUGAAAGCGUGCGUGCUGGGCAAUUGCACGGUAGUAGACCUGUUCUCCUGAUUGCUGAUAGAACAGCUGAUUUAGCAACAAUGCUUCAUCAUACUUGGACAUAUCAAGCAUUAAUCCAUGAUGUCCUGGAUUUUGAGCAAAACAAGGUAGUAAUGACUGAUCCUUCCAAUAAGAAAAGAGAGUACUUUAUGAACAGUGGAACUUCCGACAAACUGUGGACAAAUCAUAAGGGUAGUGCUUUCCCUCUUGUGGCGGAAGCUGUUCAGGAAGACUUGGAAGCCUAUAGGUCCAGUGAAGAAGAAAUCAAACGACUUAAACAUGCUAUGGGUGUUGAUGGAGCCGAUAUUGAUGCUGCUAUGACAUCCCUCAUAUCAGACACCACUGCCAAAUUAGGUUCAACUGUGACUUCUUUACCCCAGCUUCUCGAGCAGAAACGAUUAAUAGACUUGCACACUAAUGUUGCGACAACUUUGCUAGAUAUCAUUAAGAAGAGAAAGUUGGAUGUUUUGUUCGAAUUGGAGCAGAAAUUACUUCAACACUCCCCGUUAGAGAAGCCGAUUAUCGACUUGUUGUCUGAGUUCACAACCCCUGAAGAUAUCUUAAGAUUAAGUCUUAUCUACUAUCUUUGUGCUGAAAAUACAAACAAGAAUGACUUCGCAGCUCUUCAAAACAUUCUCAAAGAACGUGGUGUGGAUGACUCUGCCUUGCAGUUUGUGCAGAAGAUGAGGUCUGUUUCCCAACUUGGACGUGGAAUUAACUCCGAAGAGCAUCAAGGAGCUGGGACAAAAACAAUAAGCAUGUUUAACAAACUGCUUAGUACAAGUUCACGAUUUGUAAUGGAAGGAGUUAAGAAUCUAGUACCCCGAAAACACAAUCUACCUUUGACGAGGAUGAUAGAUUCUUUGGUGACUGUACCAUCUUCCUCUACAGUUGGCAUCAACCAGAUGAUGGGUUCAAAUCAAGCAAGUGAAGCGGACGACCUCUGUUACUUUGACCCUAAGAUGAUGCAAGGAAUGUCAAGAGACGCUGCUUCCUUACGUGCCCGACAGCCACCUCCACAAGAUGUCAUUCUUUUCGUCAUUGGAGGCGGAAACUACGUCGAAUACCAAAACUUGAUAGAUUAUGGAAAGUCUAAAAACUUGCAAAGAGUAACUUACGGAUGCACUGAGCUCGUGAAUCCGAAUCAGUUCACUGAUCAGUUGACUCGACUCGGCCGAGCUGUUCCUUGA